CCCGCCCAAAGCCAGACGCGUUCUCAUCCCCCAACUUCAAGAUACUAGUUAUAUUACCUGUAAGAGAAAUUCAAACAUGUUUUCCGUUGCAGCACGUAGUUUGUUCGCCGGUCGUCGGGCACACGGAAUAGUCUGUUCUGUUGUGAGCUCAACCGGGAAAAACAGAAAGUACUCUAGCACCGUUCACGGCAACGACGCAGAGUUAUUGGAACGCGAAAAACACCGGAACCUGUCUGGCACACAACAUACGACGUCCUCGCCUAUCGACGAUGCACCCGGUUGGAACGAAUACCUUGCUACUACGUCCGAAGCCAACGUUAAGGCUGACCGAUCCACCCUCCGACCGGAAGAACUCCAGGCGAAGACCGUCAAUCACAUUCGCGCUCGGCACCGCAUAGACGACAGGCCCGAGGCCACAGGAACCAUGGAUGUUCGAGAUGAAGUUUCCGGGCCACUUGGGAGUGCACAAGUAGGCGGAGUUGAUAGCCUCGCUGACGUGGACCCUGGCAAUAACGUCGACUCCGAUGGGCGCACGGUUUUCAGACACGUUAUACAUGAGGAACAGGUGGACAUCAAAAAGGGGUCAUGACCAACAGGAGAGCGAGAUUUCCCUGAAGGUUAGCGCAAUGCAACUUGAGUCGUGGUUGAGUCUAUACAUGUUCGUUCCGCUCGUUGCUCGGGUUUCCUUGCAGUUGCCGCGUUGUAUUUCUGGAUAUGUAGUUUGUAC